UUGGAGUCAAGAUGGCUGCCUCGUUGAUGAGGUUUAUCCGCGGGGGUUUAAGUAGAAGCGUAAACGUUGUUAACCGGAAUGCUGCACUAAUCCAGACAAGGACUGAAGCGACAACAGCCGAGACAAGACCUACUGUUAAGCCAAAGGAUGCCGUUUCUCAUAACCAGCUGGCCCAGUUUGGGCAAUACAUAGCUGAGAUUCUUCCCAAGUAUGUGCAACAAGUUCAGGUUACAUGCUACAAUGAAUUGGAAGUUAUGAUCCAUCCAGAGGCAGUCAUACCCGUGCUGACCUUCCUUCGGGAUCACACCAACGCUCAGUUCCGCAACCUGACCGACCUCACUACGGUCGAUGUUCCUUCUCGGGAAAACCGCUUUGAGCUUGUGUACAAUCUGCUGUCACUGCGCUUCAACUCUCGCAUCAGAGUUAAAACAUACACCGAUGAGCUGACCCCCGUCGACUCUGCCGUCCCUGUGUUUCAAGCAGCCAACUGGUAUGAGAGAGAAGUGUGGGACAUGUAUGGAGUUUUCUUUGCCAAUCACCCGGAUCUAAGGCGCAUCCUGACAGAUUAUGGGUUUGAAGGCCAUCCAUUCAGAAAAGACUUUCCUCUUUCUGGAUAUGUAGAGGUACGCUACGAUGAUGAGCUGAAGCGGGUUGUAGCAGAGCCUGUGGAACUGGCGCAGGAGUUCAGAAAGUUCGACCUGAACAGUCCAUGGGAGGCAUUUCCAGCGCACAGGGAGCCCAAAGAUGCGCCCAAACUAGAAGCGGGAGACAAACCUGCAAAUUAACAUUUUAAAUGUUCUGCUUUGAUGGAUGAGAAUACCUGACACACCCUGAUACUAUUAUUUAUGUAAAUAUGAGACCAUCUGUUGACGUAUACACCUUCAAACUUCUGAAUAAAGCGUUAAUCCAGAACUAA